AGCGCUCGAAAGCUCUUCAUCCCUUGCGCUCGCUUCUUCACUCUCUUCGUGACAUGGCAAUGGAGAGAGAUGAUUCCAUGGAGAGAGGUGAAGGGAGUCCUCUGAUCCUGCUGAGUUCGGAGGAUGAAUCUAACCACCAUGGUCCUCACUCGCAUCAUAAGCCUAGCAACUCAAAAGCAUCAGCUAUUAUUUUGGGAUUUGAGUACUUGGAUAGUGUUGCUUUUAAUGGUAUUGGAGCAAACUUGAUUGUUUACCUUCAUACUGUUCUCCAUGGAAACAAUGCUGCAACUGCAGCAAAUGUGGCUACUUGGAGUGGGACAUGUUUCUUAACACCAUUGUUUGGAGCUAUUGUGGCUGAUACCUACUGGGGAAAUUACAAAACAAUAUUGGUCUCCCUUAUAGUAUAUCUCAUAGGAAUGGUCACCGUCACUUCCUCCGCCUUUUCUGCAACAUCAAAGUCCUUUGAUUGUGAGGGAGGCUCGUGUCAUUCAUCCAGCACCUUUCUAUUUUGUGGGUUAUAUCUUGUUGCAAUUGGGAGUGGAGGAGUCAAGGCAGCUCUACUCCCUUUUGGCGCAGAGCAAUUCGACGACGAGAUUCCCUUAGAAAGAGAAAGAAAGGGCGCCUUCUUUGGUUGGUUUUAUCUUUGCAUAACCUUAGGAGCACUUACCUCAGGAACCUUUAUUGUAUGGAUACAGGAGAAUAUAGAUUGGGGGCUUGGCUAUUGCAUUGCUACAAUCUGCAUGGCUGCAGCUUUAGCAGCAUUUGUGUUGGGCACACCAAAUUUUCGGCGACGAUUGCCAACUGGAAGCCCCUUGGAGAGCAUUGUUCAGGUAAUGGUUGCCUCCUACAAAAAGUGGAAUGCAGAACUUCCCAGGGAUAGCAGUCUCUUGUUUGAGAUCAAUAAGAUCACAUCUGGUGGGCAACAGAAAUUGCCACAUACAAAUGAGUUCAGGUUCUUAGAUAAAGCAGCUACAAUGUCUGCCCUAGAUUUAAAAGAUGGUUCUCGGCAGAGCUCAUGGAGUCUGUGCACUGUCACUCAAGUAGAAGAAUUGAAGAUGUUCCUGCGACUCAUACCAAUAUGGGCUAACAGCAUUGUCUACGCGGCUGUAUUUGCUCAAAUGUUUACUACUUUCAUUCAGCAAGGUAGCACAAUGAACCCCAAAAUCGGGUCAUUCUCGAUCCCACCUGCAUCCCUGUGCUCCUUCGAGAUCAUAAGUGUCAUGGGUUGGGUUUUCGUCUACAACAAUUUCAUUGCUCCAGCUUCGAAGAAGUACUUAGGAAACGGAACUGGACUUUCCCAGCUGCAGCGCAUGGGAAUUGGCCGUUUCCUACUGGUCCUGGCUAUGUUAACAGCUGCUUGCAAUGAGAGCAGGAGAUUAGCGAGUGCCAAAGCUGGUGAAACCUUGAGCAUCCUGUGGCAACUCCCACAGUUCUUCGUCCUGGCCAGCUCGGAAGUCUUCAAUAACAUCACACAACUAGAGUUCUUCUUCGCUCAGGCACCUGACAGGAUGAAGAGCAUCUGCACAGCAAUGGUUCUGUUCUCAAUGUCUCUAGGCAAUUACUUGAAUUCCUUCAUCAUCACAGUUAUAGCCAAGGUAACAUCGGGCGAGGGAGAGCUGGGCUGGAUCCCAGACGAUCUAAACAAAGGCCAUCUGGAUUACUAUUUCUUGGCACUGGCAGGCUUAUCGGUAGUGAACUUUUUUGCGUAUCAAUCUUUGGCAGGGAGCUAUACUUUGAAGAAAGUCAUUUCGGAGAGUUAAAAGAGGGUUUGUAACGAUGUUGUGUGGAAAAAAUUAUGCUCGUCUCAGAUGUUUUUUUCAAAAAAGUUUUUCAUUGUAAAACUUUGCCUUACAAAUGGCUGGUGAGCAGCCGUUUUGGACGGAUUUAAAGGGAAGGUCAUCAAGAUGCAUUUUUCUA